AUGAAUGCUGCCAUUGCUGAAGUGGGUCGUCUGCUAGCUUGUUUAUUUUCCGUUGUGUGCACCGUGCAGGAAGAUGCCAACCAUGCCGUUUUUCCCAAGGUUUUACAGUGUUUUGCCGAAAAGCAACCGAUUUGAUUACCUAUUAAUGAAAAACAACAGACGCAAAGCACGCAAAAACAAUUUGUCUGAAGAAGUUAAUCGUAUGAAAUCCAAACCGGUUCAUCCCAUUCGCGAUAUCUAUCCGUGGAAAAACAAACAGCAGUUUGUAGAUCAUUUGGCGGAGAACGUGAUUUAUAACAAAGAUGGACUGAUAGCAAUUAAUAAGCCAUAUGGAGUUCCAUUGUUGAAAGAUGGUUUAAUAAAAGGCCCAAAUGAAAUGAUGUUUUCCAUAGAAGAGGCUUUAACUCCUUUGGCAUCUCUGCUAAAUGUUGAAAAACUCUUGCCAGCUAAAAUGGUUGAAAAAUUUGCCAGUGGAGUUUCGCUGUUUGCUAGUCAGGAGAAAAUGGUCGACAAAAUACGACAAAGCUAUAUCACCAACAAAGCAAAGAAGAUCCAUACAUUCAAGUACCUUGCUGUCACCAUUGGAGAACCCAAGCCAUCAUCUUCAAGGGGUACUGUUGGCAUGGGCUUCUUUGAGCACCAGGGUAUUGAAGGAAAAUUGCUUGCAAUCAUGAAAGAUUACAGCAACAGAAAGGUCGCCGAUGGGUUAGUACGCGAAUUCCGAGUCAACUACAAAACCUUGUCUCGCGGAGAUGAACCUUGCAGCCUAGUAGAAAUCGACGUCUCGUCCGCCAAGAAGCAUUUUUUACGUGUCUAUUUGGCUCACUUGUUCUCACCUAUCCUGGGCGACCAUAUCUUUGGCAACCGCGUUCAAGAAAUUAUGGGCAAGCGUUUAGCCAUUAGUCCCCUCCAAGCUGAUAAUUUGUCAAUUUUUCAGAAAAUACCGGCUGGAAUUUUAACUCGACUCAAAGUAACUGAAAGUUGUAUAGUACCCAACUGCCUUCACCUUAGUCAGAUGACUCUAGCAAAAUUCGCCAGUCAAGAUUCCGAUUUGGUGCUUAAAGCUGACCCUCCUCCAUGUUUUCAGUACAUCUGUCAGACGUUUGGUUUAGAUCUGCCGACCGACGAGUCGGUUGUAUUGACACGUGAAUAA